CCGGCAGGGCUGCGCUGGCUCCAGCGCCGAGCCCCGCCGGGACAGGGCAGGUUUGGAGCUGGCAGAGUUAACAGAAGUGCGCUGCUAGGGAUGCAGAGACUGCUUCUGAAGGCGGGAGUGUUGUGGGUGUGGAUAGGUAUGAUGGUCCGGCAGGGAGCUACUAAGUUGAUCACGGGUCUGAAGCAUCUCUUACGGGGAAAGGCUGAAGUUGAGAAGAGGUGACUGAAGGGGACCUUCUUAACGAGUAUAAACAUCAAAGGGAGGGCCCAGAGCAGGGACCGGGCUCUGCUCCCUGGGGCCCAGCAAUGGGGUAGGAGCAAAGGGCAGGAACUGAUGCCCAGGAAGCUCCACCUGAACGUGAGAAAAAAUUUCCCCAUGCACGGACCGAGCACUGGGACAGAUUGCCUACAGAGAGUGUGGAGUGUUCCUCACUGGAGAUACUCCAGAACCAUCUGGAGACGAUCCUGUGCUCCAGACUGAGCAGGGAGGUGGGACCAGAUGAGCCACUGUGGUCCCUUCCAGCCUGAACCAUUCCGUGAUUUUGUUCAAGCACAACUGGAUAAUAGCAAAUUUACUAUAAUCAUUUAAGAUGGGGAGGUUGUUUGUAACACAAGCAAAUUAGCAUCUCUUCCUAAAAUACAGAGUGGCUGCCAUGGAGCUACUAACAGGUUGAAUAUCCUGGUGAGUAACUUGUCUUGGAGUGUGGUGGAGCUUGCACGAUCUCACCUUCACAGAAACGAUGUUCUGAGAUUCCCUUGGUGAGCAAAACUUACUGGGCACCUGUAAAUGGAGGAGAAUGGAAUCCCUUUGUGGCAGCAGUGCAUAAGGGCUGUUUGAGCACUGCAGAUGCUCCUCUCCCCAGCACCCCAUGGGAGAUUUAGCAGAGAAGGAGAUGGAUAACCCCACGUUUAGAAGUGACACUGUGCUGUCUGAUGUCCACUUGCACUGCCCAAGCAAAAGACACCUCAUGGUACGACUGAAUGCAGUUGGACAGCCAGUGUUCCUGUCCUAUUUCAAACUCCUUUGGAGCACAGAAGAUUUGGCAUCUGGGAAACACAUGAGAGAAAUUACCACAGGAAGAGAACAGCAGCGCAGAAGUGGAGAUGAGCUGUGUGACAAGGACAGGAGUGACCUGAAAGAAGAAGGAGAAUUAAAUAGUGAAGGAGUAGGAGCUCUGCUAGAUGAGGAUGGAGACUUGGAAGUGGUUAGAAGACCUCGAAGUGCCUCUGAUUUGCAAGCAGAGGAUCUUUUGAGGGAUAUUGUGUGCCCUGUAAUUCUGAUGAAAGGGAAGGAAGAUGCUUUUGAAGAUGAAGAGCAGGAGUGCACUUGCAGUGAUGUUGUUAAAAUAGAACACACUAUGGCAACCCCCUUGGAAGACGUUGGUAAACAAGUCUGGCGUGCUGCCUUCCUUCUGGCUGAUUACAUUCUCUUUCAAAGGGACACGUUCAGGGGUUGCUCUGUGCUGGAGCUUGGAGGUGGCACUGGAAUUACCAGCAUCAUCAUGGGAACAGUUGCCAAGAGAGUUUAUUGCACAGAUGUUGGUGAAGAUCUCCUGGCCAUGUGUGAGCAAAAUGUUGCAUUAAACAAGCACCUGUUGGAGCCAGGAGGAGGGGAAAUUAAAGUGAAAGAAGUGGAUUGGCUGAAAGAUGAAUUCUGCACUGAUCCUGAAGCUCCUUAUAGCUGGUCUGAAGAAGAGAUUGCUGAUUUGCUUGAUCACUGUUCUGUGAUCAUGGCAGCUGAUGUGUUCUAUGAUGAUGAUCUGACAGAUGCCUUGUUCAGAACUCUGUAUAGAAUCACACACAACUUGAGAAAUUCUUGCACAGUUUACUUAGCACUGGAAAAGAGGCUGAACUUCACUUUAAGACAUAUGGAUAUUACAUGUGAAGCCUAUAGUCACUUUAGAAAUACUCUAAAUGAUCUGGAGAACCUCCAAGAUGGAAAAAUGAAAUAUACAGUGGAGCCCAUUAAGGCUGAUUUCUGCCAGUUCCUUGUUUAUGAACGGAUUGAGCAGUUGGAAUUGUGGAAGAUCAUGGCUGAACACCUAACCUGACAGGCCCAUGAGGAAAGAGAAGAUCUUUACCUAAGGAGAAGAGCUAGUUUGAUGUUCUGCUAAGAUAAGGAUGUUCAUCCCAAGAAAAGCAUUUUCCUGGUGGAAUUGUGUUCUCAGAAAGUAUUGCAAUGCAGUUUUGCUUUACUUUUUUGGUUUUGGCACUUCAUUUCUUGGACUUGUGCAGUUGGACAUGAUCUCUCUGAUGUUUCCAAGUACCUGCUGGAUGCCAAGCAGUGGCAGUGACACAGUGAAUUGCUCUUUGGGUUGAUGACUUCACUUUUAGAGUCUGGCAAAGAAGUAUUUAACCUUUUCCAUGUGGCUGAUUUGCAGAUGUCAUGCAUCUCCCUUUUUAGUUUACACAACAUGGACGCCGUUCUCAGUCUUAUCCCAGUUCCACACAUUAUUUGUAUUUAUGGACACUUGUGGAACAAUGUUCUGGACAAGACUUUUUUGUCAUGAAUGAAAUUUUCUUUAAGAAAUUUCUUUAUGAAACUUGGCCCUUAAUUCUCAGUUUGUCCUAUAUAAAUCACUCUAGUUUAGGGCCACUGUCUGACUUGAAAGGAAACAAGAUGCAUUUUUUUGAGCCUCUAAAAAUACUCCACAGAGGUUUUGGAGUAUAGGAAGUCCACGCUAUGUUGUCCUGCAGGAAUUUUAAGCUAUUCUUAAAAUUGGGCAGGUUGAGGAUGAGAAGGUACCACAUGAAGGGAGAUGUUACAGCUCUUGAAAUAUUUGGAAUUCUGCCCUCAGCAUACACAUGUGAGGCUGGGGGUAGAGAAGUGGCCAAGAAUGUCUUGCCCAAACAAAAUUGGGCCUCCAAUAUCUUACUUCUGGAUUAAAAUAAAACAUAUUUAUUAAA